UCGCAAUCAUAUGCUCACACUUCCCAAAGUGAGCUUUCCACCCUUAACCUCCAGCAUGCCUCUAAAUUAUGGGCAGUCUUCUGUCGCAUCCGAAACCUGAUCCGAAGUGGAUUUCAGAAGCGGAGUUCGCGAUGGAAUCCUCGUGUUUCUGCGUAAUCUGCGGGUCGCCGUUCGAUCUUCAGGGCGAAGUUCACAACUUGGACACAGCGGCGGCACGUUACAAGUGGAUGCAAAAUCAUCGCUUAAUAGGCAGCAGGCAUGAUGUUCACCACCACAACUUGGCAGGUUUGACAGAAGAGGAGUUUCACUCUGCCUGCUUUAAUGCAUCGGAUACAAGUGAUGUAUUUCUUUCUGCAAGGGCAACUUGGAACGAGAGAAAUGACCAGAUGUUCCACAUUGAUGGGCUCUAUCCAGUAACAGACACUCCCUCCACGGUUACGUUCAACGCCAUGCAACCAGUCGCUGAGCAUGAUACGAUAUUUCCUUUGCACGACGAUUGUCUACAGAUCUGCCGCCGUGCCAUUGAUUGCCUCAAGCCCUCUCUUCCGGACGCUCAAAAAGUAUCAAGCCUAUCGAUUCUGAAUACUGUCCUACAAACUCGAUAUCGAAAUAAUGUGAAAUGCACCAAAACCAAUGACAUAAUCGCAAGGAACGAUUUGUUCCAUCUUUGCGCUGCAACGGAGACAAAUGGACCUCGGAGUGUCGUGGGUCUUUCACUCCUAGAUUGGUGGGCUGGCGCAUACGAGAAAUUUUACACAGAUCCGGUGAAGGUGCCAAGUAUGACCAGCAGCGUCUUGACUUCACUUCAAGAUACUGCCGCUUCCACAGCGUGCCAAAAAUCAUACCAUCUAAACUCAUUUCCAGCGCCAAGUGCACUAGAGCGGCUACCCACCGAACUAUUGGAUCAUAUCAGCAUUCAUCUAUCGGUCUACGAAGCCCUUUCGUUACACCGGACUUCCAAGACAUUGGCAACAAAAGUGCCGUUGGACAACAACUUCUGGCGAGCAAGCAUCCUGAGCGGAAACGGGCUUCCGAUUCUUUGGGAUCUCGAUGUGAGAGAGCUCAGUAAGCGAUAUCAAGAGUCCUUCAAGGCUUCAGUGGAGGCAGAUGCGAUGUGGGACUGGAGAGGUGUUGGACAGUUGCUAGCGACGAAGCAAUUUCCCGUGAAGAGCUCGGAUCCAUGGAUCGCUGAUCUGCCAAAUGGGUUUUGGAACCGACGAAGGAUCUGGAGCAUCGUCGAACAAGCUUAUCGACACGACAUCCUCAAGACCUCAAGGAGAUUGAAUCAUGAUCAUAUGCUUGAGUUACGUAUUCGCCGUGAGCCGGUUUCUGACUGGCAGCUGGAAGAAAUCAUGGAUGAUCUUGGGCAUUACUCAUGAAUGUUCAGU